AUAGAUGGAUCCAUAAAACUGUUGGGGGUCAAGAUAAAAUUGAAGGGGACUUUAUACUUGGAAAACCCCGCUCCUCUUCAGUGUGAGGAAAGGGUUGUGAAAUAUUAUAAAGUUACAAACAUGAGAUUUAUAAAAUGCAUCUAGAGUAACUGAAAAAAUUGUUGAAAAAAAUAGAUAUCUGCUUAAUGAGACAUGUUAUUGCUGAUACAGCCCCAUAAAAAUUCCCUGGUGUCCAAAGGUUGUGUAAUCAAUGUCAAAUAUUAUAUUCUACUUCCUUUUAGUCAAUUGUGUAUCUUGAAUGGUAGAAGAGAAGCAUUGGUGGACUUGAUAGUCUGAAACACUUCUGACAACCGAAGAAACAACUCUUAGCAAGAUAAGGCAAAAACCUCUAUUUGAAAUACAUACCUGAACAUGAACCACUCAAUGACGUUUGAAGAACAAACAGAACAAAUUGUGGAAGCAUUGUUCACUACUCUUUGCUUAAAGAAGCAAGAGUUACAAGUAACUGAUCGUGGCCUAAAGCUCCACUCGGAAAAUGAAAUCCAUUUACAAGGUCCUUGUUCUCAAAAUCUCUUAAGAGCGGAGCCCCAGGGAAUCAGGCAGAGAGUUGAUUCUGCAAGCAGUUUUGAUCCAGUUGAUAUUGCCAAUUUACUGCAAUCCAUAGGAGAUCAGUACAACGGAGAGAUGGAGGGCCAGGUACAGGCAGUUAUUGCAGAAGAGAGCACAACAAAGAUAAAGAAAUUUGGAGAAGUAGCAAAAUCUCUCAGCAGGAUUUGGAUCAGUCAGACUCCUGGGUUAGAGCCUGUAAGUGCUUUUCUAGCUGUUGCUGUGAAGUUGUUUGAGCAACUUGUAGAGAAAACUCACGGAGAUCACCACCAGAUAAACAUACUCACAGAAACGAUCAACAGAAAUCCUGAAGUCAGAGGCUAUAUUGAAAGGCAAGGUGGCUGGGAUAAUCUUGGAAGAAGUCUAAACAGCCCAUAGUUUCUUGCUUCCAAUAUAAAAAAAACCACCUGCUAUUAUGGAGAAAAUAGAGUUGCUUCAAAUGUGGAAAUGGAACUGCAAAUGAAUUGAAAAGGCUACAUACAAUUCUGCAAAGAAACAAAAUAAAUUUAAUUUAAAAAUAAAA